UAAUAAAAUCCACAAGCCAGUAACGCGCGGACACAACGCUUAGACUAAUUUUCUUUUGUCAUCCGAAAACCAAACAUCCACCGAGGAAUCGAAACCAAAACCUUCACAACUUACACAGCCAUUAUCUUCUUGCAUUGUAGUAUCAGGCAAUUGGAAAAUAAUGUCUCACUCUCCUCAAACUUCACCCCUCAAGGGACAACAACAACAAGGUGCUGAAGAUGAUGAUGCCCCUUCUGCCAUUAAGCCUUCUCGCCUCAAAAUUGCAGUACCCUCUGAAGAAAGCGACAAGAAAAAUGUGAAUAAGAGGCUCAAGGAUGUUGAAAUUUCUGUGCCUAUAGUGUAUGGGACUAUUGCAUUCUAUCUGGGUAGGAAGGCCAGUGAGUCUCAGUCUCACAAGUGGACUGUUUAUGUUCGUGGAGCUUCAAAUGAGGAUCUUGGAGUGGUUGUUAAGAAGGUUGUGUUUCAAUUGCAUCCCAGUUUCAAUAACCCUACAAGAGUUGUUGAAUCACCCCCGUUUCAAGUGUCAGAGUGUGGCUGGGGUGAAUUUGAGAUAGCCAUCUCCCUCUUUUUCCAUAGUGAUGUCUGUGAAAAACAAGUGGACUUGUAUCACCAUUUGAAAUUGUAUCCAGAAGAUGAAUCUGGUCCCCAGAACACAAAGAAACCUGUGGUGGUUGAAACUUACAAUGAGAUUGUAUUUCCUGAACCUUCUGAGGUUUUCCUUGCACGUGUGCUGAACCACCCUGCUGUUGUUGUGCCUAAGCUUCCUGUUGGUCUGAAUUUACCUAGCCCUGUUGCUGUUGAUUCUGUGAAUGACAAGGAGAGAGGUGAUACCAAAGAUCAUCCUCUAAGCCAGUGGUUCUUGAACUUCUCAGAGACUGAUGAGCUCUCAAAACUUGCAGCAGCUAGACAGCAGGUGCAAGCUCACAUUGGUAAGCUGCGGAGACAAUUAAGUUUGAUGGAAGGACCACCUCAGCAGGCAAAACCACCUUCUGGCUUUGACCAUACAUGAUUUUUAUUUUACAAUUUUUUGGGGUUUACUUUAGGGUUAAAACUUGGAACAUUUCUAGUGAAUAACUAUGUAUAUAUGCGUAUCGUCUUCCUUGUAGAUUCUCUUAAGUAUUUCUAUCUGUGGAAGAAUGGACGUGGUAUAUGUGACAUUUUAUGGUUAAAAUCUUAAAUGGUGAUGGAUAUGUGUUUGUCGUAA